CGACGACCGAUUGUUUCAGAGUGAAAGAUGAAAACAACAUCAAACCGCACAAGUGCCGCGGCCGCUUUGUCAUUCUCAGUUCUCCUUCUGUGUCCGCCAGGGGGAAAAAAUCAUACGCUGAGUUUGUUUCAGGAGAUGUACAUUUCUCUUUCUGACUGGCACCAGAGGAUUUGCAUGUCGCACUCAGCGAAUCAAGCAGCGACCACGAAGAUGUUGGACUAAAACAAUUUUCGAUCGGUUUUUUUUUCGAACCAGCAUGUAGUUGCCGCUGGGCGACCGGGGCUCGCGAUAUGCCAAUGCGCGGGCGGCGCCGGGGACUAGUGCUGUGUUGCGCAACAAGCUCCGCGCCGGCUGCGACAUUUUUCGUUCUCUUUCUGGACAGCCUCUUUCUGUUUUUGCAGGCAGCGCAGCUGCAUGACGAGCGGGACACUGGCAGUGGCGCUUCUGGAUCCUCCGUGAGAAGUGCUGCUACUACACCUGCGAAAAAUACGGCUGUCGAAACAGAAUGGUCGUCCGGCGGUGCAGCGUCUCCGCGUGAUGUAGACACGACGCCCGUCCUCGUGCGGCAAGACCUGUCUGAAGAACGGCACGCGCGGCCUAACGAGGACGCAGAUUUUCUGGACGAGGAAGUAGAAGAUCAUGCGCAGCAGAGCAGCCUUGCCCGGCUGGAUUAUGUCGACGAGGAGAACGAGAACAAUCAAGAUCAACAAAACCAAAACGAAGCGCUCGACGACCUUGCCACUCUGCAACUUUCCGUUGCGGCGCACAGUGGGCAAGACCCGGGCGGGAACGCGACCGGGGACGCCGAAGUCACGGCUACUGACGAUAAUUCGACCUCCCUCGGGGAUCUUUUCGCAGAAGAAAACGCCACGGCUGCGGGGAACGAGACCGGGGAUGUAAAUGGUACCGAUGUGAAUGGUACGGUUGCCGUUACCGAGGAAAGCGCCGGCACGCCGGAGGAGGCGAAAGAAAACGCCCAGACGUUCACGCCCUUGGUCCGCAAUGUCGGUGCGGAGUUGGCGGCGGACGCAAACUUCCAGCUCGCCCUGGCCCGCCUGCUGGUGCGGUACCCGGAGAUAUCAGCGGAGAACAAAAUGCUAGUAUAGUAAAGUAGGAUGCGCAUGCGUCCGCAACUGGAAGAUCAUGUCCACUGCGCACAACUAUCUACAAAUGAUAAGCCGAUGUUGAAGGAGAUGACAGCGACCGGCGCGUCAAAGCACCACAGUAUGCUGAAAUCACUUUGACUUGCACUUGAAGGCAUCUUUCAGGGAAGUAGGGCGCCUCUUGUGUGUGUGUUCUCUGUGUCAUUCAAUUUGAACAUGCAUCGCUUGUUUUUAGCAUUUUGGUUUUCGCAUGUGAUACUUGUCGGAGCCUCACGUACGCACCGUGGAGUACGUACAAGACGGCGUUAUGCGCGACAGCAUGGCCGGAAUUCUGAAGGUACUCUACAUUAGUUACUCCCACUGUUGUGAGAUGUAGGUCUAUGACUUUGACGCUGAAAGUUAUUAGUGGGAUGCACACAGGCAUAAUACACAGAUUGUUGCAGCACGGUUUUUUCGACCAGGUUUCAGGGUUCUAUAGUUUUCUUGACCUUGGCGAUGGCUCAAUAGCAGUACCCGAACCCAUCCCUUAGAGAUUCAAACCUAAUCUCCGCAGGGCGACGGAAACUUCACGAAGAUAAUUCGGGACAUCAUGACGCCGCUGGUGAUGGCCAAGCUGCGAGAGGCGGAGGCAAGCGACAUCGGGGACCUGGAGCAGCGCAUCAUGGACGCGGUGGCCCAAGUAGUGGCGGACGACAUUGCAUUCGUUGACAAGGUGCAGGCCAUUUUGACAGCACACAAAGACUUAUGAAAUAGGGCGACACGUCCGCCUUGAGCUUGUUGACACGUGCUAUGCAUAUUUCUGAUCGAUCAUGUACAGAAUUGAAUAUGGCCCCCGAAGGGAGCGCACCAACUACAGCAAGAGCAACUGAGGGAAGAUGAUAUUUGUUGGCGCAGGAAAGUAUCGAACGAUCGACAUGAGUUUUAAAAUCCAUCGUGGCUAUCUUCGAUGAACACAUUAUGCCGCAUAGCAACAUGUUUGGAGGCGGGGGCGAGUUUCCAUAGCAUGAGAUGCGAAAGAGGCCGAAAACUCUGCGACCACUACCGCGCCUGCCGUCGGACUUUUCUUGCAGUUCGGCCAGUCUCUAAACCUGCGCCAGCUGCAGGUUGCGGGCUUCUACGGCCAGAAACAUCUUCACAGCCAGCAAAUCCGCGACGCAACUGCCGAGGACCUGGUGUUUGGAAAACUGCGGGAAAAAUUACAUGAGCACGGUAGCUUGGCGGGAAACAAGAUGGUGCAGGAGACUGCAGGUAGUGCCGCCCCUGGCGGGAAGGCGUCGGACCUGGAAGGCACAGAUACCAAAUCUCCUGGCGCCGGAGCAGCUGAUCAGUCACACACUAAGAAAGAUGAAGAACAAAUGACUGCGUCUGCGGAGAGGAGGGAACGGCAGGAGGACAUUGUCACGCGCCUCGAUGAAACAAGCAUGUUCGACUACGAGCCGAGGAAGCAACAUCAGCAGCGAGUUGAUGGUCCAAGCUCCGGAGCCGGACCCUCUGCAACAUCAGCAACGCAAAGUACGAAGACGAAACGUCAUCUUUGUCGCUAUCACUAUCAGUUCCUAUGAAGAACAGACACGAUUUCAUUUCCAUUUUUUAUGUAUCUCGUCCAUGGUCCUGCAGCUCCAGGUCCAGUUUGCAUUUUCCGUAUUUGACUUGCAUCACAUCACAUUAAAGAGUUUUGAUGGCAUCACAGUUGCUGGCAUUUUUAUGGUUUGUAUGUUCAUGUUGUUGUGUCUGCAUAUCAUCCACUAGAUGGAAAGUUUUUGUGCUGGAAAGUUCUUGUGCAUGCAGGAUGAAAGUGCGAAGCAAGCGUCCUCAUACUCAGAGUUGUGCUCCUCGGUACUACUGAAACUGGUAGCGUUCUUCUUCGUUUUCAUACCGAAUUCGGAUCAGAACGCGGUCGCGGCCACGAGGUCUCCCGCGGAAAAAUCAAAAUCAGCUGCUGAACACGGAGCGGAAAAAGUAGAUGGAGAUUUGCUCCCCGCCCCCUCAUCGUCAGCGCAACUGGAGCUGGCGUCAAGCCGACGGCUGAAGGGAACCUCCACUUCUACCGGAAGAAAAAGCGGUGCGAGCGGGGACGAGCCCACUGAUGUUUCGGACGAGGCAGCAAAGAACCAGACGAGCUUCAACUUCGACAAGUUGUAUCAAAGUGAAAAAAGCCCCCACCCCAUAUCGGAAACGGAAGGUGCGCGAAUUUGUGAUGCUGUAUUUGAGUACACAAAUCGACUUGUAUUGCUAGAAGUCCAAGAGACGAGGCUGCGGCCUAAAUUGCAGGCAAUCUGUCACGUUGUUUCCCGCUUCUAGUUGCAUCCUGUCAUCCUGGAGCUGCAAGGCUUUCCCACGCUAGGCAGCACUACAGACCGCAUCUUUUGCCUUCUAGCAUCGCAAAGCUGACCACAAAUCUGCAUGACAGAUUUCCGUUUUGAUAUGGGGAGGGGGCAUUUUUCAUUGUAAUAAGUUGCCACUGGUGACCAAGGCGGUUUACGGUUAUUUGGCGCAGGCGGACGUUAUCACACACAAAGAGCCAAGUAUAGCACAACACUUCUGUACGUCUGGCUACAUAAAAGAAAAAAGAUACUUCAGACAGAACACUCCAUUUUAUUCCUACAAUAAUUUUUCGCAUGACAUCAAAUCCCUUGCAUGAUGUUGAGGAUGCAAACUACCACUCAUAUGAAUAGAACAAGGACGAGAAGCACAUGCAUCGAAGUCCUCGGAAAGAUCUGUUGUCAUGGGCUAGCCCCACCUGUCAGCAUGCUGUUUAGGGUAUGCGUAUGCAAAUUUCACUUUAGAAGUUUCGAGAACAAGAAUGCUGCGCUAGCUCUUUCGCCGGCAUGCACGUUCUUGGCCGGGCCAUCGGGGAUAUGAUUGUGGAAGACGAAUCCAACGCGUGGCUGAUAGAAAUGGGCACCAAGCUAGCCGCGAACACAACCUUCGCUACAGACUACGUUCCUGGCAUGGUUGGUCUGGAGUCAAAUCAAAGCUUUUUAGUUUCCCUUUAAAACGUUAACACGCAGGAGCUGCAACUGUAAUGGGAACCGUUUAUGAAAAUCAAUCUAUCAUAGUAGUGGAUAAGGAUGUACAACAAAACUACUUGUACUACAACAGAGGCCCAUCAAUCAUAGUAGUGGAUAAGGAAAUAGAAUAUUUGACGUGACUCCUGCAGCCGCUUUUUGCGUUGAUACGGCUUUGUGGCAAACGAUGCUGACAGAUCAGGACUGGCUGGACGGCCUGAUCGGCAAGGGGGUUGACUUCGAUGACCGCUCGGGGGCGAUGUUUCGCGACCACAUUGCCGACCACAUCAUCCAGGAUCGCAGACUCAUCAUCAAUGUUGCGCACCUGCUCGUCGGCCUUCCCAUCUUGACAACUACCAGCACCACUACCACCGCUGCGGGCAUACUGUCUCUUGCAGAAACGGCACGGGAGGAGGAAAGAACCGGGGGCGAGGACAAGAUACGAAGAGCAGACGAAAGGGAAGAAGCAACUUCCGCUGGUGGAAAGACUCGGCGCGCAGAGGUGGACCCGACGAGAAUUACCGCAGUGGACGCGGCCAAUGACCAAAGUAAAGCCGAUGGCUCUUCGUCUUCACCAACUACCUCCUCUCUCAUGUCGGUGAUAGAAGCAAAACGAGCCGGCGAGGAAGCCGAAGCGUCUGUCAGGGACGGGACGACAGCUAAGGCAUCCACUGGGGGCACCAGUAGAAGUUCGAGUUCCACAACAGUGGCGGACCACGAGGACGGAAAGAAUACUGGUUUAGAAGACCACCUCCAGGCGACUUCGCAAGUUGACCGUUUAUCGGCCUCGGAGAAAAAAGUUAAGAUGGCGACCGACAGCGCAGUGGAAGCUACGAGGACACCGAAUCCAGCACGCUUUGUGUUCGAAGCGCUCUUUGGCAAGAGUACCGAUUCCGCUGCAGGAGGAGGUGCCGCGACCUCCUUUCUCGAACUGAAAGCCGAACGGGCGGAGCCAACAGGCGGCGCAAACGAGACCAGCGGCGCCAUGUAUCAGAGUGCACUGCUUGUCCUCUUCUUAAUGCGAAGGGCAUGGCGGGCAAGAACAGAGUCCUCGAGGGCAGAAGUGUAGUAUACAUAGUACUCCUAUGUUGAAUUGAAAUGUUUGAAGUACUUGUUCUGGCAUGAAAAAAGAAGACGGGAUAAGCUGUGCACUGCGAUACCGUGGAGAGCGUUUUGAAGCAGGCGGAGGCGAAGACGCAGCAACAGUUCUGGACGGAUCUCUCGCUCGCUCUAGUGGACGAUGACUUCUUUCUCAGAAAGGUGCUUUUUCUCAGGGGUCUUUUCUAGUCUUGCGUGUCGAUGUCGCCAACAUUUUGCCCCCUAGUAAAUUUCAAUUUCUGUCUGCUUUUUGUUCUACUUCAGGUGAGGUACCACGUGGAACAACGCACGAGACGUUAUUCAAAAAUCCCAGCUGUUUAUGUUUUUUUCAACAGGUCUCUCAUUUCGCACAGAAGAACGUGCUGGAGCGGCCGUUGGAGCUCGCGCUUGACUAUCGACAGAUGCUUGCGGAGAACAUCGCGAAGAAUCCGGAUUUGCUCGAGGACGCUGUGAACGUCAUCGCGAACAAGUUGCUCGCAAAUUUCGACGCCUUUGUGGCGGAAAUCAAGUCGAAAAUCCUAGGUAUGGGGCCCUUGGGCGAGACUUUCCUGAACAACGUCGCAGCCGAGCUGAUCGGCGAACCCGUCAUGAAGAUGCCCGAUGCGUAA